AUGUUUCUCACCGUUCAAGACCCUACUCAGCAAUGGGUGCAUGCAUCCUCCUUCACUCUUUCCGAGAUCACAUCGUCUUCUCUCAGACGCCCAUACUUCAUGAUGCCGAUCUGGGAUCUCAACCACUCGGCUUUUGCCUCUGCUCGGAAAUACACGCACACCGGCUUCGAGCCAGAAGAUUGUGACCUCUGUACUCCUGAACAGUCUACCCCGAGUAGCCUCCGAACCCAUGAGCAGCAUGAAAGGCUUUUUGGCAUUCAGAAAGAUAGCAGGAAAAUAAUCGCUUUGGACGGUACCUCGGAAGAUCCAGAUGAUAUGCCUUUCCUGACAUCACAACGAACCUCCAACUCCUUGACACCGAUGCAACCAUCUAACCAGCAGUCACCGGUGCAGUCUCCACCAGGUGAAGGCUUGAGGUUGCAACGCGACUCCGUGGACCACAGCGGUGCAUUCCUCAACCCCUUUGACGAGGCCAUCGAUUCAUCAAGACGAACAUCUACCUCCUCAAACACGUCUAUCUAUCUCCGUCCAAAUGCCUUUCCAGGACAUCGAGAUACGCUCGCUCGGUUACCACGUCUCGCUUUUGGGUAUAAUCACCAGGAGAACGUUCCCCCACUCGGAGUACUAUCGGAUGCGACAUGUCAAACUCCGUCGUUUCCCUCCAAAUUUACCGUUGAUCCAGCGCUACCAAGAAGUGGUUUUCUUCCGCCCUCAGUCGUCUCUGGUAUAUUGCGCUUUCUGUCCUCUGAAGAUUACAAGGCUCUUCGUCUGGUGUGUCGACUAUGGAAUACAGCAUUGCCUUCUCCCAAGCUUCCGGUAGUCGUUCGUCUACCACGAGAGAUAUUGCAACAUAUCUAUUCAUACUUGCUUCCCUGCGGAUUUGAUGCUGCCCGUCAUACCUGCAGAGAGUGGUACUUGGCAAGUUUGAAUCGCAGUGUCCAAGGUCAAAUCGCCAAGGUUAGUUUUUGUCAAUUUGCCCUCAGCGUUGAUAUGCAACUACUUUCCGGGCUAGAAGAUAGUGGUUGCGGCAUCAAUCAAGAAUGGGUGUAUUCCAAACGGUUGGCGACAGAGAGCAGAAUCUCCCCCGAUUGGAGAGGCGGGCCUCCACUGACCAAUACAACGGAAAUGUCAUCAAGAUUGUCGAUCACCGAGGAGGUUGAUUUUUCCGAGAUGUUUCAUGGUGCAUGCUCUGGACGAUCUCGAUUCACUGUCUCAACUUGUGGCAACUUUGUCUUAGCAGUCUCUAGUGAGGAAAUCACCGUGUACGAUCUACAUGCUCCGGGUGGAUCAGUCUUCCCAAUCACGCGGCUCGCUGCUGGAAGGGAAGUGCUGAAAGUUAGCAUGGACACCAGCUCUGAAAGGUAUUCGGUCGUUGCCUUACUUUCGGGUCGGCUAGGCAUGCUUUGGGAUCUCCUUGGAACGCCCUCCAAAAUGCAUUACCGCAAUAGUCCAGGUGAAACUUUUGACCUCGGGAUGCAGACAAUCGUACAAGACUCGGCGACAUAUCUUGGUACGCAACCAGCUAUGCUGAACUUGCGAGACAUCUCGUAUAUCGUCUCGGAAGCCAGAUACGAUCCCGCGAGAGCGUUGUCAACUUUCGGCGCAACAACUGGAUCUCCAAGCGCACCAUCAUCAUAG